GAGAGAGAGAGAGAGAGAUGAGUUGAAAAAUAAGAAGAAAAAACACCUGGGUUGUGAUUGGGACGCCUAAAUCCAAAUCCAAAUCGAAUCCUCAUCACUCUUUUUAUGACGCUCUGCUAUUCUCUACCAAUUUCAUCAAACUUACUUACUUCCCUUCUCCUUCAUUGAAAUCUGAUAUGCUUGGUGUUGAAAAGGCUUAUUCCAGUUGAUAAUACGCAAUGUGUUGAUUGAGGAGGGGGGGACUGAAAUUGUUAUCAAUGGCAGAAUGUGUUUCUUCACCAUCAUGUCUCAUCAACCACAGAGGCUGCACGCCCCACCAGAAUUUGACUUUCAGAAUGCCACAAAGUUAUAGAAAGUAUUCCUAUGGAACCUGUAAAGUUCUCCGGAUCUCUACAUGGAAAAUGUGGGAGCUUACUCAUAGUGUCUCAUAUUUGAAACUAAGUCCUUGUCUCAGGGGAACUUCCUUGAAGGGUACUUGCUUGGGGUCUUUGGUAAACCCGGAUGGUGCAACAACCUCUGAUUGGAUACCUGUUGUUGAUCAAGUACUUCUGAUGGCCAGUGUAUUUCUCACAUACACUGCUGGAGUCAUUCCUGUGCGGAAGAAGUCUUUUCUAAAAUUUCCAAAGAACAUCUACAAUGAUGAUGUAGUCUCUGGAACCUCUUCUGGUAGUGCCAUGAAGAAUGAUGAUCAACUUGAUUCAAAGUAUGCCUUGAAUGUAGUGAAAGGAAAACUUUUGGACUCUCUAAAAGCUCUUGAACAUUGCCAAAAUUUGGAGGAGAGGGUCCAUGAACUUGAAGAACACCGUGCUAAGGGACCUUUAAGUUUGAAUGCUGUUCCUGAGGGUCCAAGACUGCAUUUGCUUUGGGCUUCUUUUCAGCAAGUUGAGGAAGAGGUGACUAACAUCUCAUCAAUUCCCAAAACUGCCAAGAUGGAAGAUUGGUUGAUUGUUUUCCCUGAUAUUAUUCAAAGAUCCUGUCAGCCUGUAUGCAUGGCAUGGCUGGAAAACGUGCUUUGCCUUGAAAACAGCACCACUAGCAAGGAACUUGCUUCUCUGAUAUAUGAAAAGUUAAAAGGAGAAGACACUGUUUUACAGAACAUUAGAAAGUCAGGCAAAGGAGACCUAUAUGCAGAAUUAUUGUGCUUUUUAAGAUUUGGCUCUCAGAGGGAGGACUGCUGUUAUGACAAUAGCAUAUUUCUUUUGCAUGGAGUUUCCAUAUUGGAAGAUUUGGUGAUAACUUUAGCUGAUGGGAUUGCAAGCAUAUUUUUGGAGCUUAUCUCUGUUGACGGCAAUUUGUCAAAUGAAAUGAAUAGCCUAGGUCUGGCAUUGUGUACUUUGUCUACCCGGGCACUCCAAAGAUUACGAAAUGAGGUGGCUUUGAGCCAGUGGUUGUAUCUAAAUGUGGAGGCAGUUGUAUCAAUGUAUGAAGAUCGCUUUGACCUAUGGACACUACAGAAUCAACUCAUUGAAGCACCAGGAAAUAGCCAGACCGAGAAUUAUAGCUGGUGGAAGAGGCUUACCCUGCGAAAAUUUGAUACUGUGUCAUCUCCAAUACAUUAUAUCGGGAUACGCCAAUUCUCCAUGCCUGUAAAGCGGAUGAAGGAAUUAAGGGCCUUAAGAGGGUGGAGAUAUUACUUCAGCCUGUUGCUCGAGUUAUCUGACAUUAGCAUGCCAUUGAUUAAAGCCGUUAUUGGCAAAGUCAGCGAUGCCAUCUCAUUCUUUCUGGUAUGUUUGAUUGGGAGGUCAUUAGGACUCAUCUAUACUGGAAUUAGGCAGUCACUGCGAUGGAAGUGAUAUAAAAUGGUACAUUUUUUGUUGUUUAUCGCAAUUUCUAUAAUGCUUGAUUGGCAGGUCAUUAUUGUUUAUCGUAUUUCUGCCAUGGCACUUUGAUUUGGGCUCAUUCAGAUCCAUUAAUGUCUGGACCAUUUUGAGGCUUCCCUCACAUGCAUUGGUUGAUAAAUGCCAAAAUCUGAAUCAAUUUUAAGGUUUUCAUAA